ACGCAGUGAUACAUGCCUCGCCUGAUAACCAAGAGGUUUCAAGUUCGAUACCCAAUGAAACUACUCAUGUCCAUUUAUUAAUUAUUAGAAUUCUAUUUUUUUUUGUACUAGACAACGACCUCAUUUGUAAACGAAAAAAAUUACAUAUAUAUUAAUUAAUUAAUAUCAAAAUAUAAAGAUAAACAAAAAUGAGGGACUAUCUGUUUAAUAUAAUCCAGCAAGCACUCAUAUACCGGCGGCCUUUUUUGUCCGCUUCUCCACUUCUGCUAUUGCCUUCCACAUCUGACCUCCCACUCCUUGGAGCAAACAGCUUCAGGCCUCAGCGGCGGCAGUCCCAGCCACAAUGGCCAGAAUAGAGCUUGAGGUCCCGCCUGACGAGAACAGAGGACCCCGGUGGUCGCUGCUCGUAAAAGUUGCCGGCGCCAUCCUAUCUGUCCUCGUUGUGGCUUUCUUGAUAGCGAGGAUCACUGUCAUCAGUCCCCACAAGUCCCUGUUCACCCUUGAGGAUGUGACGCUCUAUGGCUUCAACGUCUCCAACAGCCCGAUCCUCAUCACAUCCGAGUUCCAGGUGACUUCGAGGACUGCAGUCCCUGACAUGUAUGAGGGUCGCGAGAGCACGAGCAUCUGGACCAUGUUUAUUUCAGGGACCUCGGUGCCGGUAGCACCACAUGUUGGGGUGGCACUGAAUAGGGACUGGGUUAUUAAUAGGCUGGUGGUGAUCAUGAUCAAGCUCGAUGGACAAGUGAAAUGGAAACUCGGGGUCAUCGCGAAGGGCAGUUACCAUAUAACUGUGAAGUGUCCGGCGUAUAUCCCGUUCGGGACUAACGGUACAGGCAUCUAUGUUGGCAAUAAUGCCAUCAAGUAUCAGCUCUUGCAGAGGUGUGGUGUCAAUUUCAGUAGAUGAAGAGCACAUGGAUAAGGUUUUUAAAGAGAGUAGUACAUUUUAUAGUUAGCAUUAUAAAUUUCUCUUUUUCAACGGCAACUGUCUGUCUUAUCCCAUGGGUCAAUUUUCACGUGCAUUUUAAUUUUCUCUGGGUUAGCAUAUUGUAAGUUUAGUUCAAGAUAAUCAUUUCGUUGGAGCAAGAAUUGACCUCAAUGAAUAUGCUAUCUCGUAGUUUCACCCAAAAAAAA